AGUUGACAGCGACAACUUCAAUUUCAAAAAUGCGUAGGCGAUUUAUCUCUACCACGAUGUUGUAGUUGUUGGCGAUGAAGGAGAAAUGGCGCUGGUGCCAUUCCCAUCCUUAUCUCUUGAUGUAUUAACCACUCAUUGAUGAUAUCAUAUCUACUACCUCGAAAGCUCGUCAGCCUUAAGUUAUUCAUUUUCAUUCUCAUUGUCUUUUUAGCUAGACAUAGACGCUGUUCAUGUCAAACCCAUUUUAUACUUGUACCGAAGUUAUUUCUUCAGUAGCCAUUUUUGUUUCGUCCUGAAGAUGUGCCACGACCUACUAGUACUCUUUCAAGAAAAUCACUUCAUAACUCGAGAAAGAAUUGUUGUAUAAGAAGUAAAGAAGUAAACUGAAUUUGAAAUCGGAGAACGACUUCAAGAAGAACGUAAAAGAUCUAUAAUAACCCACCACACGGCCCACCAAGAUGCCCAGCAAGAAAGCGCAGUCCGGGAUGAACAAGGCGCCAGCACAGGCUGGUACUAGUUCCGCGAAAGUUCCACCAGCACAGGCUGGCGGUAACAAGCACCAGCCAGCAGCCCCGCCUGCACGCUCCGGCUCGGCGAAAAAUACUAGCAAAGGCGAUGCAACUACUGCUGGACGCAGCAGCUCCAAACCCACCACCACGACCACGUCAAAUGGUGGUGGUGGAAACAAAAACACUACUAGUGCCACUUCUGUUGUUUCUACCGGGAUGAAGAAGAACGACACCGUAGGUGCCACUACAACCUCCAAGGCUGCAAACAAUAUUAAGAGCACGACCUCCACCUCCGCAAACACCAAGAACACUCCUGGUAAAAAUGCCGGUUCGGGAGGCUCUGCUGUUUUUGUGAAAAAGAACAAUAACAAACAGCAGAAGAACCACGGCAAGAACGGGAACGCGGCGGCAUCUGCAUCUGGUAGUGGUACCGCUACGGCUACGGCUUCGGCCAACAAAAAAAACCAACCCGCUGCUGGAGGAAGUGCCACGGCAGCUGGUGGUGCUCCUGUUAAUACCGUGAUGAAGGCCGCUUCGAAGGACAAAGCCGCUGCUCUCGGGGGUGCAUCGGCGACAGCAGCUGCUGCUUCUGCUGGUAACAAAAACACGAAGAAGAAUGACGCAUCGAAAAACCAAAAUCUUCCCACAACUUCAACUUUUGGCGCAGCGUCGAUCAUCGGGCCGUCCUCGGGAGUAGUAGGAGUUCCUGCAGGUGGUCCGAUUUCGAAAAACAACAACAAGAAAAUUAUGCCGUGUAAGUCCGCGAAAGCCGCUGCUCUCGACACGAAAGACACUUUGAUCAAGGUUCCGCCGUUUGGAGCUGUGGAUGUAAUGAACAAUGGAAAAAAUAAUCAUAAUGCUGGUGUUCAACAUCUCAACAAAAAAUCUCUUUCCAAAGACAGUGCCACCAGCAGUGCUUCUGGAGGAGGUGUCGCAGCCGCGGGGGCUGCCGCACGACCCGCUGUUGUGAUGAAGAAGAACAAGACGCCGCCCCCACAGAAGAAACAGCAAUCUUUGACGGGUGGUAAGAAUGCCAGUUGUACAUCUGUGCAGAAACAGACCUCCAAGUCCUCUUCUGUCAACAAAGCCGGCGGGGGAGAGAAUGAAAAACGAGUGGCUCAAGAAGACGAAGAAAUGCACUCUCCCUCGGCGAAGCGUGCGAAGAAACAGCAACCGCAACUACUACCCGGUCAAGAACAUCACCAGCAGAGCCAGAAGAAUGUGGAUGCAAGCAAGAAGAGUUUCUUAGUCCUGAACGCGGUAUCCUGUGCAAAAGCAUCGUACUCGUAUAAAUGCAAGUCUUGCAUUACAAAUCUUGACUCCAAGGGCAAGGCAAAUCUGCAUUACAAAUCUCAUUUCUCAUGCUGAGGAAAUUUGUAAUGCAUCUAUACGAAUACGAUACUUUUGCAAUGCAUACGCGGAUGUUUUAAACGGCGAAAUCGUUCCGCCUUCGCCGCACCAGCAGAAAUUGGCAAAGGUUUUGCACGCCGUGAACUCCAAUGCGGAAAACCCGGAUUUCGGGGAUGUGUUAGAAGAAAAUGCGCUGAAGCCGCAGGCGAAAUUGGGUUCUGUUGGUGCGACGAAAAAUAACAGUAGCAGUACUAAUGCUGGGCUAACAUCUUCUGCUGGAGCUGGUGUUGGGCCUGCUGCUUCUGGUAAAAAGAAAAAUAACGGUAAAAACAAAAACUCCAAAGGAGGAAAUAAGGCUCCUGCAGCGAAGAAGAACGGAAAACAACUGCCCGUCGCCGGUAAGGAACAACUCCUGCAGGGUGCUGGUCCUACUCUGAAGCAGAACCAAAAGAGCAAAAAAGCCGCGAGUAUGAACAAAAAUAAGAAGAAAACGAACAACAAAAAAGUGACUUUUGAGGAGAACAGCGACAGUGGCAACGCCGCAGCUAAAAAUAUGAAUAAAUCGAGCAACGCCGACCAAGACGGAGCGCCGGAAUCACCCUCCUCUUCCGAUGAAAAUAGUAGUGAAGAUGAGAAAGAAGUACAUGUACAAGAUACUAAAAAUGCAGGGAAGAUGAGCAAGAAAAAAACCGAAAAAAAGCCCGAACAUCAAACCUCCGAGGAGGACGAGCCGGAGGUUGUCGAAGUAGAGAUUACGUUACCCGAAAACAUCCGGCGCCACUUCCGGGAGAUGCGGACGAGACUGAUUCCCCGAACCCCGUUUGCGUACCAGUACGUGACGGACUUAAAGAUGGGAAAAGUGAAGCCACUGUAUGCCGAUCCGAUAUGCAUUGCAAAAGUAUCGUACUCUAGUAGAAAUCGCAUGACAAAUUCUCUCAGCAUGACAAGAAGAAUUUGUAAUGCAGGUUUACCAUAAGAAGGGAAUUUGUAAUGCAUGAGUGCGAAUAUUACUACGAGUGCGAUACUUUUGCAGAGGAUGUCCGAACGUGGACUACAAGGAUAAAGCGGUGUUGAAGUGCGUGAUUCCGUAUCCACAGUUGAAAUUUUAUUCCGUACUACACGUACUACAAAUGCGGUUUCUGCAUGAGAAAAAUCGCCUUUGUGUCCUGUUUUGCGCAUGACAAGUUUUUGGCGAAGUUUGUCAUGCAUUUUGUAUGUCGUCGUGUAGGGGAAAAAUAAAUUUGUACUUCUGCAUACGCCGGCUUGGAUGUACGAGUUUGGGCCAGAGGGAAACCCGAAUAAAGACAAGGAAGACGAAAGCAGCGACAGCGAUAGCGACGAGGGGAGGAUGAGCCAAGAGGUGGAACAACACUACAAGCUGCUUAUUCAGGACACCUCUACAACUACCGCCCCCGCGGUUGUAGUUCCCUCUACUGAGGAAAAGGCGAACCAAGCGCGCGUGGCCGCCCUGGAACAGCAGCAGCACGGCGAAAACGAAAAGAAGGCUCCCUCUGAUUCCUCUGCGGUCAUCUUGAACGCGAUGGAGAUGUUGACGGGAGAGCAGAAACAGGGUAUUGAACGAGUAUGGGUUUUGUUGACGGAAAUUCAUUUUGGGGCUAAAACUGAACGCUCAUAGUUGUACUCUAAUUAGUGCUGAUUUAUCAAGAAGAAGAUAAACUGCACGAUUACGCAUAGUACGAUCAACACUGAACUGCAACAGCACAGAUAUCAGCCAUAAUUUACAAAGGUGAAGCUGCUAUCCCCUUCGUGGACCACAGUACUAGCACGACCCCCGGGGCCGCCGUCGGCCACGCCCUGCUGGGUCGAAAUGCCAGCAAGGAUUCAAACCUCUCGAAGACCUCCUCCCGUAUCCUGUGCAAAAGUGUCGUACUUGCAGUAAUCGCAGUGAUGCAUGACAGAUCCGCUAUCUUAGGGAAAUCAGCAUUACAAAUUCCACUUUCCUUCUAGGCAAAAUUUGUCAUGCAGUCUAUACUAGUGCGAUACUUAGUUUUGCAAUGCAUAUCCCGUCCCUACGAACUAAACGAGUACUUGGCCCAGAUUCUCGACCGGACGGCGGAGUUGUUGCAGCAAGACGAUGAUUAUCCUGUGCAAAAGUAUCGUACUCGUAUUGUAAUCAUGCAUUACAAAUCUUUUUCUUAAGGUAAAUCUGCAUUACAAAUUUUUAUUUCUCUUGCUGAGAAAAAAUGCAUUUAUACGAGUACGAUACUUCUUUUGCACUGCAUAAUGAUCAGAACAAUGCUAUGCAGAAGGAGAAUUUCGAAUUGUUGGUGAAGCAGAAGCUGCAGAAGAUCUUCGACGAAGAAAUGAAGCCGAAAUUCAACGAGAAUUCGAAGUACACGACCGUUGGCUCCGGGGAGAACUUCCUACUCCGAACGAAAACCCUGUACGACUUGCUCGCCAUGUUUCCUGACUUUGUGAUGGAGUACACGUUCACCGAAUACAACACCUGGUCCAAUGAGAAGCUGCGGAGACGGUUAUGCAAUGCAAAAGUAUCGCACUAGUAUGAGUUGCAUUACAAAUUAGCCCCCAUGUUGACAAAUUCAAUUUGUAAUGCUGAUUUACUUUGAGAAAGAGACUUGUAAUGCGUAAACGCAAUUACUACGAGUGCGAUACUUUUGCAACUCAUAACGGUUGCCCUUCGAGAUGAAACUCCAAACCGCGGUGGCCAUUUCUGUUGGGGAAUUGUCACGGGACUUGACGAAGAAGAUGAAGGAAGAAACUUGCGUUUUGGAAAAGAAGGUGGAUAUUGGAAGCAGUGUUGGUUCUUUGGCGGGACAGAAGAUGAAAAACGGAGAUAAUGCUAUGGAAAUGGACGUGGACCAGGAAGGAGAUGUGAAGAUUAACACUGGUACCAGCACAACCGAAAACAAGAAAACGACCACCAUUUUUAACGGCACUUCGUCCAGUGCUACGGAUGAACAAGCGGAGAACAUUAUGGAAGCGUCAGGUUUGAAAUCGACAAAGUUGAAAUGAUUUGAAUUCGUCAUGCAUAAAAUGGAUACCAGUUGGAAGCCCAAUUUCCAAGCGGCGCAUGACAAAUUUUCGGAGCACCGGAGUCCAAUUUGUCAUGCUGUUGUGGCACAGAAGACUGCUUUUGUCAUGCUUCUUCAGCAGCUCUAUCCCAAACCCUAAAUAGGCUCAUAAUCUGCCUCGAUUGCCAUCCCUGCAAGUGAGGCACUCCAUGUCUUGCAAUUUAUGCAUGAGGAAUUAUUUCGACUUUGACGAAGAUUUCAAUCCUGACGCUCCCAUAAACAUGAAGACCGACACGAAGAAAAACUCCUCCAAAUUCAAGCGCGGGCGCGGCGCAGCGGGAGCGGCGUCUCAGAUGUUGAUGAACAAGAUCGCGGAGGAAGGUAACAAGCAGUUGCACGUAGUUCCCCCCUUCGGGGCCAACAAGACGAAGCACGGACUGCAGCUCGCGGUGUCGCACAAUACUGUUGCGGGACUACAACAAUUCGUUGCAGAUCCUUCUGCUCUUGGCGUUCUUCUUCCCAAGCCGUCCUCCGCUCAAGAACAUCAUCUACUCCCGGGACCGCGCGCGGGGAAGAAAAAUUACAUGGCUGGGUCGGUUCCUUUGUCCUCUGCGCCGGGGGUCACUGGCACCGGCGGACCUGUUGUAGCAGCUUCCACCACGACGACCACGACUUCUCUCAAGCGGCCGCCGCCCGUGCUUGUGCCGCACAACAAGGGGAAGGGAAAGGGUGCCACUGCCGCGGCUGCUGGUACUGUCCCUGUCGCGGGGGCGAUGUUGCCGUGUUCCGGGACGACGGCGGGUGGUGGUCCUGCUCAAAAAUUAGGGCCUGCUGUGCUGGAAGCUGCUCCUGCCGGGAAAGAACUUGUUCAUCUGCAAGGCGAUUUAGUAGAACAGGUCCACGACGAAGAUGCUGAUGCUGUAUCAAAUCAUGUAAAAAUGUCUGGGUCUGGAAGAUUCUGACACUUGUCAUGCACGUUUUGCAUUAGCCCUGAUGUCUGUGAUGCAUGCCCUAGCAUCACAGAUUUUUUGAGAGCUUCUUGAUGCCUAUUCCGCAUGACAAAUGCCCUCUCCGCGUAGCAAAAAUUACAUUCCCUUUGGUACUCAUGCAAUACAGAUUUUUUUGGAAUCCAAAUGCAGCAUCACAAGUUGCAUUCUUCCAGACCCAGACAUUUUUACAUUUGAUAUGCUGAUGACGAAGACGAACUACAGGGUCCGUCUGCGAAGAAGAUGAAAAAAACUCGGCGUUCCAGCAACACCGGUGCAGCAACUACGCUAACCAAGAUGAAGAUGAAAAACGCGUCUGCUGGGCAACAGCAGCACGGCAAAUCUACGAAGAACAAGCGGAGGUCUUCUGUUGGGAUCGACGUGCCCUCUGUGAUGACGGCUAUCGAGGAAAAGCUCCACAAUCCGCGACUGUCUCUCGAACGUGACUUACAGCUGAACAACCCGAUUCGCAAUUCCACCGAUUACCAAAUUGAUUGGAACAACCUGGGCACGAUGAGAAACGUCACCAAGCAGUUCGAUUCCCUCUGUCACAACCUGCUAUUGUCGUCCAACAACAGUAUCAAUAAAACUUCUGGAACAACAGCAGGCGUUUCUUCGAUUGUUGAGUUAGUCCCGGGGACCACCAUCAACUUCGCGCACGAACUUGUUGGUUUCUCGACGUUUUUGCUCCGGGGACAGACUGUGAAGAAAUUCUGUGCCGAAUCGGACGAAUCCGCGGUGGGGUAUUCCGUUUUGGUCACGCACAUCUGCGGGGUACCGACGAAGAAAACUUCGGUUCCGAUGGAUCUGUUCAACGAUUUUCUGCCGAAAAAAAGCCAGAUGGAGGUUCCGCAAAUGCUGGAGAACCUGUUACUCCGAAACGAGAAGCACUUCUUAUUGCUGCCGGUUGAAGCGAUUCUAAACGUGAUUGUCGCUCUGGAGACCGUACGCAUUGCAAAUAUGUCUGGGUCUGGAAAGCGCCAGGCUUGUCAUGCAUGUUUUGCAUGACUCAUAAUGCCUGCAAUGCAUCGCCUAGCAUCAUAUGUAGUGAGGUCACCGAACGGUUCUAACCGGGGAGUUUUUUUGACACCCAGCCAGCAAAACGACCGGCAGUUUUCAAGCGGCCGAAAGCGUUUUUUGACAUAAAAAAUUUUCAAUUAUCAAGCGGGUGGGGCUUUGAUAUCAAACAAGCCCGGUCGAAAACUAUCGAUUCGCACUUGAUAAAACGACGCAGGGGAGCCGGCAAAAGGGGCGCCCUUCUGAGGAGCCCACCGCCUUAGUUCCUGGCGAUUUGGGGCGCCCAAAAAGAGGCGCGCAAAAAGCGCGCCCAAAAUCAGAACAGCGAAACAGCAUGGCACGGCCGCGAUUUCGAAGCAUUUUGGGCGGCCGCGAAAGCGGCCGCCUUUUCGCCGGUUUCAGAGCCUGGAGAGCUUUGCAAAAAGCGCCGGCGUGAAAAAUAAAAACGCAAAAGGGAAAAAGCGCGCCACACGCGCAAAGCCAACCCGCAUGCUACGGGCCCGAUUUUUCUUCGCUUUUUGGGCGCCCCCCGUGGCGCCCGGAUCGGCCCCAUAGCAUGGGGGCUCGCUUUCGGAAAGGAAUUUUGGAAAUGUGCCAAAAUUUGUGAUGUUUCUCAAGUGACCGCCAUGCCGUGCGGCAUAACGUUACUCGCGGCGGUAUGGCGAGCCCAGAAAAAGCAAAACCGCGGCCAAGGCGGCGGGCGGAAAAAAAAACGCCCACGACCUCACUACCCCCGCCCCGGCGGCUAUAUUUGGCAGAUUUUUAGCAGGCUUCCUGAUGCUAUUUUUCCGCGUGACAAAUGCCCUUCCCGCGUAGCACAAACUGGACUCCUCUUGUUGUUGGUCAUGCACUACAGAUUUUUUUGGAAUCCAAAGUUAGCAUCACAAGUUCCAACUUUCCAGACCCAGACAUUUUUGCAGAGGAUAAACCGCGCAGCGGCCGGAGAACUUUCUGUACUCGUGUGUGGCUCGGUUGCUUCCGGUCCGGUUUAGCCUGGACGAGGCGAAACGGGAGAAAUUGUUCAAGGACAUCACGUAUCCUGUGCAAAAGUAUCGUACUCGUAGUAAUUGCAGUCAUGCAUUGCAAAUUUUCUUCUCAAGGUAAAUUCGCAUUACAAAUUUUCUUGCCCAUGCUGAGGAAAUUUGUAAUGCAUUUAUACGAGUGCGACACUUUUGCAAUUCAUAUCACGGUUGACAACGCGGAAUUUCUGGGAAAAUUGAUGCGCAAGUUUGCGCGGAAGAUGCACGGGAAUGAGAACGUCAAGAAGUGGUUUGAUCAGCUGCAGUUGGUGCUCCCUCUGGCGGUGUACGACAAAAUUGAUCCGCCGAGCAGCCCGAAAGAUUUGAUGGUGGACGAGGAGAACGACGCCGGUAGUCCGAGUGUGGUGUCAUUUGAUGUUGCUGGUGGAAAAGUCCUCGGUGGAAAGGGAGAAGGAGUUGUCGAAGAUGACAUCUUCAAGGGUAAAAACACCACUACCACUACCACGACGACCACGAACGCAAUGCUCUUGACUACCGCGACUUCUACCGCUCCUGCUGCGGAAAAAAAGGAGGCGAUUGAACAAGCGACGGCUCCGGCCCCGGCGGGCGGUCAAGAUCGCAUGGCUCUCUGCUCGACCGGACCACCUCCCGGUGGAGUUUUUGACGAGAAGCAAGAGAAAGAUGAUGUUGACAAAAAACCGAUUUUUACUUCCGCUGCUGUUGCUGCUGAAGCGGAGGAGAAAAUUAGUACAACUGGAAUGAAGAAGAUUGACGAGAAGAUGGAAGACAAUUUUGCUGAGGCGAUGGAGUUGAAAACCGAAACUAUGAUGGCAGUAGUUGAAAAGGACAAGAUCGAAGACGAAACUGUGGAUGAUAUCAAAACGGAUGUUAAAAAUCUAGCAAGCGCUAAAAAUACUUUUACGGGUAAUAAACAGAGUAGUGAUUUCGAUUUGAUUUUUGGGAACUACAAGCAGGACGACGACGAAUGUAGGCCCUAAAAAAUCCAUCUCUACGCCCAUCUUUUCAAAAUUUGCUCUACCGGUUUGCCGCCAUUUCGUUGCAUUCUCAUACAUAAAGCUCCUCGAGCAGCUCGACCGCAGACCCUGGCUGGCCAUAUUGCCUGACAGAUUUUCCGGGUCUUGUUUUUCUUUUUGCAGCUUGGUGGAGGAGUGUGGUAGGAGUUGCGAGGCCAACGCGUCAUGCACAGCUCCGCGACAUGCAGAAACAAGAACAAAACCGGGAGAAUGCAUUCACUCGGCCGAGAAAGAAGUUGACAAGAUGCAGCCACGCAAGUUGCCCAUCUUUUCAACUUUGAAAGCUAUCAAAUUUUGAAAAGAUGGUCUUUCUGCAUCUUUUCAAAUUUUGAUACGUGGCUGCUCACUUUCCAAAUUUUGAAAAGAUGCUGAAGAAACAUCUUUUCAAAAUUUGACAACCCGAGCAGCGCAAAUAUCAAAUUUUGAAAAGAUGCUCUUUCUGCAUCUUUUCAAAUUUUGAUUGAUAGGUGGCUGCUCACUCUCCAAAUUUUGAAAAGAUGCUGAAGGAGACAUCUUUUCAAAAUUUGACAACCUCAAUAACGCAAGCACUUGCUUUGUUGAGGUUGUCAAAUUUUGAAAAGAUGUUUCCUUCAGCAUCUUUUCAAAAUUUGACAACCUUUUUGACAACCCCUUUGAUGAGGUCUCCCAAGAGGCUAUUAACUUAACCUAAUCCGCAUGGUAUGGUGGAUUUUGAUGAACCUAUUUGGGAACCUCUUUGGUGCGCCUAGACAGAGAAUUGUUGACGAAAGUCCAAGGCUUUGACUUGCGCCCCAGCUGGCGGGUCGCCAGAUGGUAAGCAAAGCCGUGCCUCUGGCGACAUUUGUUUGCUUGCUUCUUUUGUGGCUCCGAAGAUUGCGAAGAUGCCCCCUCAGCAAGUUUGCGAAUUUUGAAAGCCACGCAGAAGAGUAGGCUGCUCACCCUUUCCGCGGCUGUCGAAAUUUGAAAAGAUGCGCUGGUAGUAUCUUUUCAAAUUUUGGAAGCCACAGAAGACUGAGCUGUCCUCCCUUUGCGUGGUUUCUCAAAUUUGAAAAGAUGUUCCUUCUGCAUCUUUUCAAAUCCUGAAAACCACAGCACAGCCAGCUACCCUCCUCGUCUGCGGCAUGUAAAAUUUGAAAAGAUGCUCCUUCAGCAUCUUUUCGAAUCUUGGCAACCUCAGGACACAAAACGAAUCGGCUCUUCUGCGGCUUCGAAGAUUGAAAAGAUGCUCCUUUAGCAUCUUUUCAAAUUUUGAAAACCACAGACGAGUAAGCCGACCCCGUCUUCUGCGGCUUCAAAAAUUGAAAAGAUGCUCCUUCAGCAUCUUUUCAAAUUUUGAAAAGCACAGAAGAGCAGGCGACCCUCCUCUUUUGCGCCUUUUGAAAUUCGAAAAGAUGUUCCUUCAGCAUCUUUUCAAAUCCUGGAAACCACAGAAGAGUAAACUGCUCGGGUCUCUUGUGGCUUCGUUAUGGAAAAGAUGCUCCUUCAGCAUCUUUUCAAAUUUUCCAGGUCAAAGGCCACGCGCUUCAGAUUUGAUUGGGAACUACAAGCAGGACGACGACGAAGCCCGCUACAUUGCAUACCGAAUGAACUACCUAGCUUCUUCGCAGCACUUCUCAGUGGCUAAAGUCGGAGCUACCCGGCGCUGCUGCUCCACGGACUUGCCUCGGAGCGCCCCUGCAGCCUGGAGGUGCUGCAGCAGGUCCUCCUGCUGUCCAGCCGCUAGACAAUGGGCCUCAAUCUGUGCAGGUCGGUCGGAGCCAAGGGCGCAAAUGCAACCGGCCGCGGCUGCGUUUCCACUUGUUUCUAAUGUCGCGCAGCCGUGCGCGCGUGUUCCGGCAGGCGCGCGCGCCUUUUGCCUUUGCGGCUCGUUCUUGAAAAUGCGAAAGGCCAGAGAGCCUUUCGGAAAGGCUUCCCGGAGGGGUUCCGGGACCCCUUUUGGGGAGGGGUAGCACCAUCGUGAUUCGAAGAAAAAGCGAUAGGCUUUUUUUUAGGGUUCCGGGCGCCCCUCCGGCCCUCCCUUUUUGGGAGGCCUCCGGAAAGACCUUCGCGGCCAACAUAUGCGUGUGGUACCCGCAAGAGACGACGACGCCAGGGCCUGUGUAGACAUCUUGUGGAGCGUCUGCAGCCUCACACCCUAACCCAGGCCAUAGCGGCAAAUGGCUGCACGGAGAAAGCAAUCCGGAAAAUGGAGCAAUAUACUGCGCGCGCCCGGCGCUUUCUAAGUGAAAACGCCAGCCACAAAAGAACCCUCUGUGCCUCGCCCUCCUCCGCGUCAAUACUCACUUACCUACUAGAGCACUGCUGCUGACAAGCUAGCCAAAACAAACCGCGCUCGAGUCAGCCCCUCACUUGCGGGCACAGGUUUACUAGCUUCGCGCCGCGAAAAAAUGCGCGCAGAAUUUUUUUUACGGUCUGAGGCAAAUACAAGUUUGAUGCCCCCAUAGAUUUCGAUUUGAUUGGGAACUACAAGCAGGACGACGACGAAUCUGUUUAGGCGCGGCGAAUCGAGCUUCGCUGCGUUGGCCAGCUUUGCCCUGCUAUAAACGGGGCCUGCCAGAAUUCUGCCUCAGCAGCCUCGCGCCUAUGGUGCGCGCACUGCCCGAUGACAGAUGGCGCCGUGGGGCACGUCAGGCGAGGGGGCCAACCCGCGGCGGGUUUCUCAUCGCCAUUCGGCUCGGGGCCGAAGGCGCGGGCCCUCCAACAAUGCAGACCAUAACGCGUGAACUGUGCGCGAAUGAUAUCGGCGAAGUUGGAAAAAGGCCUGCACCGCCCCGAUUCUGCUUAGGGUUGCUGCCCAUCAGGGCGCGCGAUACACGGCAGCAGAGUGGGGCUCGUGCGAGCGCGGGCGGCGGUUGGAUUAUCAACACAGCCGCCUGCGACACGAAUGGGUGGGGGCGGCGCGCUUCUGAUUCAGCCCCCAUUCCGGCCGUUCUGAAUAUAGGGCCGAAUAGCCGCGCCAAGGAGCUUUCCUACCGCGCCGCGCGCCAUCUUUCAUGCCCCCGACCAAUGGAGUGGGCUCUAAAUCGUGCGCCCCCCCUUCAAGAUUCGGCAGCCCAGGACAUGUGGGCUUCGGUGCCUGCGCCCGGUGGUUUGGGGUGCAAAAGUGAUUUGGUGGUCUGUUCUAUGGUAUUUGGGUGCGCUUUUUUGCCGUCCUACUUGGGGUUGGCUCACGUGAGCAAGUUUGCCGACGCGUCGGCUCCAAGCAAUAUGGGCGAAGCAGCCUAAAAUCCAGCGGAGCGGCGAUGGCGGAAGCGCUAUGGCAAUGUCAUUGGCGCUCUUGCCGUCGCGCUCGGCAGCUUGCGAGCCUGGUGGCGCUGGCAUGCCUCGCGGUGGUGCGCACUUUGGUCACAUGGGCGCCCACCCGGAAAAAAAGGGCUUCUUCGUUUAAUCAAGAAGCAAUGCGGCCGACAAGGAGAGGCGGGCGCCUCGGUGCCCAACGUUCGGUGGGGAUUGCGGCUCCUGCUUCAAGCUACUGAAAAAGUCGGGGUGUCGCGGUGACUUCUUCACAGAAAGAGCGCACACUAGUACAGCUCGCGCGAUUUUUAAAUUUAAUUGUUGAGCCCGUCAUAGAUUUCGAUUUGAUUGGGAACUACAAGCAGGACUACAUGAAGGCCCUCGUAAAAGACCCACCGUGGGCGCGCGCCUUGGCUGGUCCGCUAUCAAAAAAGCGGCAGGCUUCGCAGCCGAUAUCGCACUCCGCCGGGCAGGUUGCGUUCUGAGGUGGCGGGCAGGCUAUUGCCGGCGCGCUGUGCCGAAAAGCUGAGCCCGCGACGCCAUUUUUCUAGAAGUCCCGGCCCCGGGUUUCCGGAUGUUCUUCGGAUUCUGCGAAGAAAGGUCCGUCCGCGAGACCCCCAAAAGGGGUUUUUUCCGGAACCCUCGUAGCAGUGGGGGAAGCUUCCAAAAGUAGUGUUUUUGGCUACCCCUCCCGGAGGGUCCUCAGCAAGGGUCUCGCAGAGGAGAAAGGCUCCAGCUUCGGAAGCCCUCGGCGCAUCUUUCCGCCGGGGCCCCGGGCAUCCCGGCCUGCCUACGGGCGAAGUUCGCAUAGGCCCCAGGGCCUACCGGAACUAGAGGCACGGAGGAGAAGGCGUAGGCCGCCGGGGCCUGCCGCUAGUUUACAGCUUUGCCAGCGCGCCCGCCCCCCUCAGUUCGUUGUAGCUCUAUCGCAGCAAAAACUGAGUGGGAAGGCGGGGGCUUUGAUGUUCCCAGCGCCGUGGGGGUGGCGGAGUGAACCAAGCAGCCCGGCGACUUGGUCGCUCGCGUAUCCUCUGUCGAGGGAGCUGCGCGAGGGGUGUCGGGCGAAAAGCGCAGAGCCGCCGUGGAUGUGACCCAGAGCCAGCUCGGCGACUUCUUCUGCCUCAUCGAAGAGUCGGGAAGCGCCACCUGCAAAUGCGCCGCACAUUGGGAGGGCAGGAAGCUGCUAGAAGCCGCUCGGCUUCUCUUGGGGGACAUGAUUACCUCCGAAGCCAAGCGGUCUGCGCCAAAGACUCGUGAAUGACCCGAGUCCGUGCGCGGGAUAGUCCUCGCUAGGGCGAAGUGGCCGCCUUCUUAGCUAGAUAACUUGAUACGCAUGGCCCAAAUGCAUUGCAUGCGUGACCAAGGCCCAGCACAAAAGCCAAGCAGCGCAAUGCCUAUGCCCGGAGACCCUGAAAAUUUUUUAUCCACUUUGAAAAGAUGCAGUUAGUAUGGCCAUUUUGAAGCACGCGAUAUUGUCGUGCUUCAAAGAUUUCGAUUUGAUUGGGAACUACAAGCAGGACGACGAAGAUGAUGAUGAAUUGAAGCACGACAAUAUCGAACAAAAAAAUGUUAACGUUACGGUUUCAGCGAUUUUUGAAACAAAAUUUUUUUUUCCGCUCAAUGGCUUUCUUUUCAUGUAAAGAUCAACACUUUUCAUGAUACUAGCUACCGUGGGACUCUGUUGCAGCGUCAUCAGUUUGAGCUAGCUAGUACAAAAAGUAUUCCAUUCCGCGCCCGAGUCUAGCGCAACCUCCGGAGGAAGACCACGGGCGCCGCGGCUCUGACUGUUUUGGCAUGAUAUGGCGGUGAUGUUGGCGACCUUUCGCCAUGAAGUCUGUCAUGCAAGGCGUGCGUCAUGUGUCGGCAUAUGAGUCGAUGCGACAACCCCCCGAAAGGUCCGCGCAACUCUCCACCAUAUCGCCACCUUGGAACUGUAUAGGCUCGCUGCGUUUCUAGACAUUGCGCUGCAGCUUUUGAGCCAUCUCGCCAAGUUCUCUCCAUGAAGCAGAAAAGCUGUGACUUCGAGGAUGGGGAAAAUUGGCAAAAUUCGGGCACCAAAGUGCCCAAGUUUUGCAGUCACCAAAAAAACCGUUAACACUUUUUAGAAUGGGCGGUAUGAUCGCCCCAGCCUGCCAAAAGCAGGCUUUUUCGUAUGAAAAUGCCAAAAAAUGACCGUUAACACUUUUUAGACAGCACGCUAUGGUCGAUUUAUCCUCCUCAGAGCCCGUGCUUCUUGGCCUGCAGGGUUUUGGACAGGGUAAGUCGAUCAUAGCAUGCUGUCUAAAAAGUGUUAAUGGUUUUUCUGGGUGACUGCGAAAUUUGGCCUCAAAUUGAUGGCAAAUCAUGGUUUUUUUCGGUGGAAUUCCCUAUGAUCCGAAAAAACCGUUAACACUUUUUAGACAGCACGCUAUGAUCGAUUCUGCCUGCCAAAAGCCGGUCCAUCCUCGGCGUCGAUGGCGGCGGCGAGGAUGGUGGCAACUCGAGAGCAUCUCUCAACCAGGUGGGUUGCACUAGCUGCCGUCCACGAAGCGCCCCCAAACAGCUGAAGAGCAGGCUCCGCCGGCACCGAGCUGGUGUGGAGGCGAUGCGACCGGGUCAAGGAGCCCACGUGGCGCGGAAGGUUCGUCAUGGAGCGGCCCCGGUAGGCGAAGUUCCAGGCCGUCAGGCCUUGCGCACUAGCUAACUCAAACAAAAUUAGCUACUUCAGAGUCCCACAAUAGUUAAGAGGGUGAGCGGGUCCCUUUAGGCAUUCACAUAAUGCCGCCAGUGAACCCACAAAAAAUUUUUAAUGCAAAAAAUGCAAAGCCGUAACGUUUUCGAUUUGAUUGGGAACUACAAGCAGGACGACGAAGAUUAUGAUUUUGAAUUGAAGCAGGACACGACACAACUGAUGAAGGCGGUUGUUCCCGAAGGAGGUGACAAGUUUUUUUUUCGAAAUGACAAGAAGGAAAAGAUCGCUAGCUCCGGAGAUGGCCACGAUGAAAACGAAAAUAAACCGGAGAAGAUUUGUACGGAAGAUGAGCAGAACGAUGACGAUUUCAAGUUCGGAAAUGUUGAAAAGGACGAGAAAUGCAGCAGUAACUACGGUUUUGUGAACAAGGAUAAGGAAGAAAAGCAGGAGAAGCUGAAAUCGCCGGUGCACCAGGUGGCCGGUCCCGAGGAUGUCGAUUUUGACGAGCUGUAAAUACUGAUAAAACGGAACAAAGAACUACGUGAUUAUAAGGAGUUGUAGUCGAAAAUAUUGUAGUACUACGACACAGAGACGUAAGUAAGUAGACCGCUUCUAAACUAUCCCUCUGGUGAAGGACGAUCAUGACCACGGGGUUGGUUGUUGAGGAAGCGAUGCGAGCGGUUUCAAUUUUCCUUCCUCGUCUGUUGAAACUGCACGUUCAGGACGGAUGCUGGUAAGGAAAAAUUAUCGUUUUCGACGAACGAAGGGGAUUAUAGGUUUGGUGCAGGAACAACUACAAGGAUUCUCAUUCUUUUUGGAAGACGGCCAGGACGAAUCUGAAUCGUGCUCAGUAGCGAGAUUCUUAUUUCCUGAGCUAUUCAUAUGGAAGAAGCGGACACCUUUAAAUUUUGCGAGAAAGUAGAGAAUAAGAAUACGAAGAUGAUGAAAAUUACAGCUGCACAACCUUACGAAUAUAUAACUAUUCGUGCCUAUUCAUGUCGUCAUCCGUAUCUUGCAGAUUUUCAGAUUCACCAUUCGAAUGAAACUUACCGACUACACGGACUGCUAAACAUUCUCUGAAAAUAUCGAAGAUUCAUACUUCGAUUUCUUUUUUGAAAGUGGCGGCUCAAUUCAUGACUAUGUUGUCACGAGGAUUGGAGUUGGUAGCUUUGCUACAAACGACAUAUCAUGGUACGUCAGACCUUUCAAAUGAUUUAUAUUGCUCUACUAUUGGAAACAAAAUUGAACUGUUUAGCAUGUGCUGGAAGCUGAU